UCACCACUCAAUCCAAUAAUCAGAAUGACCAGUAUUGAAUGUGCUUACUUCCAGAGGUGACUACCAUCCUGAAUUGUGUAUAUUAUGCCUUGUUUUUAAAAAUAAUUUUAUCAGAUAUGUAUACAUCCCUCAAAAAUGUAUUGUAUGGUUUCUGUUGUUUUUGAGUAGAAAAAAAUCAUAUUGGGUAUAGUUUUCUGGGACUUGCUUAUUUCACUUGAUGUUUCUGAGUUAGUAAUAUUCGGUAUAGAUGUAAGUCAUUAAUUUUCACUGCUGUGUAGUAUUCCAUGUGUGAAUAUAACACAGUGUAUGCAUUCUUCUGUUGAUGGGCAUUUUGGUUGUUUCUAGGUUUUGCUGUUAUGAAGUUAUAUACUUUUUGGUUCACAGUUGUAAGAAUUUUUCUAAUUUUCACACUGGGGUAUAUGAGCCCCAGAGGAAUAAUGAAGAUUUGCUAAGGAGUGUGUGGGUACAAAUGAUGUUAAUGAAUCAGUUUCUAGAUCAUUACAUUCCGUAGGUACUCUUUCCUAAAAAUGGUAAUGCCUGAGGCCUCCUGCUAGUGCUACUUUCUCACUUUAUGUUUCUAACAUUGCACUUUACAUAAGAAAGGCAAACCACAGGUUCUUGUGGAAUCUUACUAUGGCAUUGCCCUAAGUGGGAAAACUCACUUGGGGAAAAAAAAGGGAUUUUUUUUUUUUUUUUGAGUGGAGUUUUGCUCUUUUUGCCCAGGCUGGAGGGCAGUGGCAUGAUCUCGGCUCACUGCAACCUCUGCCUCCCAAGUUCAAGUGAUUCUCUUGCCUCAGCCUCCCGAGUAGCUGGGAUUACAGGUGCGCACCACCACACCCGGCUAAUUUUGUAUUUUUAGUAGAGACGGGGUUUCACCAUGUUGGCUAGUCACGUCUUGAACUCCUGACCUCAGGUGAUCUGCCCGGCUCGGCCUCCCAAACUGCUGGGAUUACAGGCUUAAGCCAUCACGCCUGGCCUACAAAGGGAUAAUUUAAAAUACCGCUAUAGUGUUAGGGAAAGCCUCUUUUAAUCCUGGCACUUCCCCAUCCAUUUCCUUAAGAGAUAUAUUUCCAAUACAGUUUCUUUUUUUUUUUUUUUUUUAAUGUUAUCAGGGUAUGUUUUUUGGCCAACCAUAUGCUGGUAAUAAUUAUACAUUUAAAAGAAUGAGAUAUCAGUUUUACUUUAAAAUGUCACUGUGAUAUUCUAGAAAUUCACCCUUUGCAAUUAUUUAAUCUCGUGGUGAUAUUUUUUAAAUCUCAUCUUAAUGGGUAAGGGGUAUCCAAUUUUAAAAAGCACUUUUGGUGGUUUGCGAGCAAAAAAAAAGGUUAAAAUACCACCAUGUUAAUUUGUUCAGCAGCAAAAGAAAAAGAAAAGAGAAAGAAAUACUGCCAUAUCACUAUAGUAAGCUGUUUGCUAGAAAUGGGAUUGCUAGAUCAAGGGGUAUGAAUGAUCAGCUUUGCAAAAUAAUGUCAGAUUACUUUCUGAAGGGGUUGUAUCAGUUUGUACUUUGGCCAGCAGUUUUGUCUGUUUAUAUACUUUGAUCAACAAUGUGUAAGAGUUACAGUUGAUCUACAACCUCUCCAACACUUGUUAUUGUCAGGCUUAAUAUUUGCCAAUGGAAUGGGUAUGAAAUGAUGCAUCAUUGUGGUUUUAAUUUGCAUUUUUUGUUAUUAAUGAGAUUGAGCAUCUUUUGUAUGUUUAUGAACUGUCUUUGUUUCCUUUUUAUGAAAUAUCUAGUCAUAUAUUUUACCCUUUGUUCUGAUGAGUUGUCUUUUAAAACUGAUAAACUGGUAACAUUGAUUAUGUGCAUUGUAAAUAUCUUUUUCUGGUUUGUGGCCUUUCUACUCUUUAUGGUGUGUUUUGGUGAACAGCAGUUCUUAAUUUUAACAUAAUCUAAUUGGAACCUUUCUUGCCCUGGGCUUAUAAAGACAUUCCUCUGUUUCUUUUUAGAGGUUUUAAAAUGAUGUCUUCCACAUUUAAGUUCAUAAUUUAUCUGGAAUUGAUUUUUGUGUAUGUUCUGAGAUAGUGAUCCACAUUCUUUUUGUUUUUCUCCUGUGUGGUUCUAAUUAUCCCUGUACCAUGUAUUGAAUUGGCCCUCUGUUCACCAGUGGUCUGCUAUGCCAUCUCUUUUACAUGUUUAGUUACUACCUGCAUGGGUCUGUUUUUGGCUUGCCUUUCUGUGUCACUUGUCACCUUGUCUGUCUCUGUGUUCAUACCACACUGUCUUAAUCAUUAAUACUAUAGUUUUACUUGAAAUCUUGGUAUCUGGGGAGGACUUGAAUCUCACCUAUUUUUGGUCAUUUGUUCUUAAGAAUUAGCUUGUUACAUGACAUGAAAAACCCUUUGGGUAUUAAUUAGAAUUAAUUGAAUCAGUUUGGGGGAGAAUCGAAAUCUUUAAGAUUUUGAUCCUUUUUAUCUAAGAAUAUGGUAUGUAUCUCUAUUUAUUUAAGGUUUUAGUGUAGUUUUAUAAUAUUCUCCAUAGAGGUCUUCCACUUUUUAUAUGUUAAUUCCGAUGUUAUUGUUUUUGUUGCUAUUAUAAAUGGUGGUGUUCUUAAAGAUUCUAUUUUAACUUUAUUGUUAGUAAAUAUUUUAACUUAUUUAUUGUUAAAUAGAAAUUUAAUGAAUUUUUAAAAAUAUUGACCCUUUAGUCAUCCACUUGAUAAACUUACUACUUCUAAUAUUUUUUCUGAAAUUCCUUUGUGUUUUCUGUGUGGAUAAUUAUAUCAUUUGCAAAUAGUGACAGUUUUGGUUCUUUCAUUCUAGUUAUUUUUGCUUUAAAUUUAUUCUUUUUUUGGUCUUAAAUGUGCUGGCAUACUUUAUACUUAUGUUCAAUGGAAGUGAUUAGGGUUGUUCAUUAGAAGCGAUUAUAGUGGGCAUAGAGGUCUUGUUCUCAAUUUUAAAGAGAAUAUUUCUCAGCUGAGAAUAACAUUUGCUAUGAAUUUUUGUAGAUACCUUUGAUUAAGUUAGGGAAGUCUUUGCAGUUGUCACAUGCUUUUGUGCAUUUGUUGAGAAUAUCUUGUGUCUUUUCUCCUUUAAUCUGUUAAAUGUAAUGAAUUCUGUUUUAUAGAUUUAAAACUGUUCAUUUUCUUUUAUAUUCUUUCUUGAGAUAAACCCAAAUUGGUCUUUAUAGAUCAUAUUUUUAUGAACUACUAGAUUGAGUUUGCUCAUAUUUUAUUUAGAGUUUUGUGUCUGUUUAUGGCUAGAAUCACUUCUCAUUUUUUAUUGGCUGUCUUAUCUGACUUGGGUAUUAAAGUUACACUGACUUUAUACCAUGAGUUAGAGAGUAGUUCCUCUUUUUCUGUUCCCUGGGAGAAUUUGGAUUGGAGUGAUUUGUUUCUUAAAAGCUUGGUGGAACUUAACUAUAAGGUCAUUUGGAUCUAAUGUUUUCUUCUUGGAGGUUUAGUAGUAAUUAGCAGUUGAAUAGUCAUAGGACUGUUCAGGUAUUCUAUUUCUUUUAGUCAGUUUUGGUAAGUUUUAGAAAUUUGUCCUUUCAUCAUAAUUUUUAAGUUCUUCACAUCAAGUUUAUGGUAUGGUUUUUUGUUUGUUUGUUUUUGUUUUUUUUUUUUUUUUUUUGAGGUGGAGUCUUCCUCUGUUGCCCAGGCUGGAGUAGUGCAGUGGUGCCAUCUCAUUGCAACCUCCGUCUCCCGGGUUCAAGCGAUUCUCCUGCCUCAGCCUCCCAAGUAGCUGGGAUUACAGGUGUGCGCCACCAUGCUUGGCUAACUUUUUUGUAUUUUUAAUAGAGACGGAGUUUCACCAUGUUGGCCAGGCUCCUCACAAACUCCUGACCUCAAGUGGUCCGCCCACCUCGGCCUCCCAAAGUGCUAGGAUUACAGGCAUGAGCCACUGCUCAUGGUAUGGCAUUAAUUCUCUUUUUAGUCUGUUUUAUUUGUGUAUGUGUUCCCCUUUUCUCACGUUGAAUAUUAUUUAUGUCUGACUUCUCUUUCUUGAUCAGUCUUAGUAAAAGUUUGUCCAUUUUUUAAAUCUUGGCAAAGGAUUAACUUUUGGCCUAAUUUGUUCUAUUAUUUGUUUUUUAUUUCAUUGAUCUUUUUUCCCUUUUAUUCAUUUUACUUUCAGUUUAUUAUUUACUAUUUUUCUCACUUAAAUUACACACUUAACAUUAAUUUUCAACCAUUCUUAUUUCCUAGUAUGAGCAUGCAAGGCUGUAAACUUCCUCAAAGUUCAUUUUUGCUUAUCUAACAUAGUUUAAUUUAUAGUGUUUUCAGUAACUUUCAAAUCUAAGUAUUUUUAAAAUUUCUAUUUUGAUUUUUUCUUUGACUUAUGAGUUACUUAGACAUUUUUAAAUUUUCAAAUGUGUCUGUAUUAAGUUAUUUUCCUUUAAUUAUUGAUUUCUUAAUUGUGUUGCCAAAGAAUAUUUUAUCUUUUUAACAUCUUUGUUUUUGCCCUUGCUUUAUGGCCUUGUACAUAGUGAAUUAUUAGAACUGUUUUGUGUAUACUUGUGAAGAGUAUAUAUUGUGUAAUUGUUAAGUGUCUUUUAGGUAAAACUUGUUAUUUGUGUUGUUCUGAUAGUCUUUAUCCUUAUUAAUUUUUGUUUAUCCUAUCAUUAACCGAGAGAAGUGUGUGGCAAUAUUCCACCAUUACUAGUUUCUAACAGAUUUCCUGUAGUUCUAACAAUUUUUGUUCUUCUGUAUUUUGAGACUUUUAUUAGCUACAUGCAAGCUUAACAUUAUUUUCCUAGUGGCUCGAACCUUUACUAUAUUGCGAUCUUCUCUAAGUUUGCUUCUUUGUCUUAGAGGCUUUCUGUCUGAUCCCAUCUUUCUUUUGGUGCUAAUUUACCUGGAAUAUUCUUUUCCUUCAUUUUACUUUGAUUUUUGUAGUGUCCUCACAUUUUAAGUGUCUCUUAUAAGGGACAUAUUACUGGAUUUUUCUUUUAAUCUCACCAGACAACUUCUGUCUUUUAAUUGGUAUGUUCCAAGUGUCUUGGUUGGUGGUUGACUCGGUUUUAGAUAUUAAAAAAAAUCUAAAAGUAUUUUUAUUUUACCUUUGUUCUUGACAGAUCAUUUUGAUGGAUGUACAAUUGUAGGUUGGUGUUUCAUUUCUGUCAGUAGGAUAGGAAUACUAUUCUGCUGUUGCUUAUACAAAGUGUGCUGCUAGUUUUAUUUAUGCUUUUUUUUUUUUUUUUUGAGGUGGAGUCUUGCUCUGUUGCUAGGCUGGAGUGCAAUGGCGCGAUCUUGGCUCACUGCAACCUCCGCCUCCCAGAUUCAAGUGAUUCUCCUGCCUCAGACUCCCGAGUAGCUGGGACUACAGGCGCCUGCCACCAUGCCUGGCCAAUUUUUGUAUUUUUAGUAGAGACGGGGUUUCACCAUGUUGGCCAGGAUGGUCUUGAUCUCUUGACCUCGUGAUCUGCCCACCUCAGCCUCCCAAAGUGCUGGGAUUACAGGCGUGAGCCACUGUGCCCAGCCUAUUUAUGCAUUUUUGAAGAAAAUAUCCUUUUUCUUUUAGUUACAUUGGAUUUUCUGUCUUUGGUGUUACAUCAUUUCACUUCUAAGUCUAGAUCGAGAUUAUAUUUAUCCUAUUUUGGAUGCAUGUGUUUCAUGAUUCUGCAUUUUGUCUUUCAUGAGAUCUAGAAGUUUCUGAGCCCUGUAUUCUUUAAAUAUUAUGUCUCAUUAGUCUCUUCUCUCCUGCUGGAACUUUAACUGGAUAUAUAUAUACACUAAACUGUUUCCAGAUCACUUAUUCUUUAUCUUUCAUAUUUUUUAUCUCUGUUUCUCUUUACCAGAAUUUAAGUGCUGGGUAAUUUCAUAAGGCAUAUAUUUUAGUUCACCGAUUUUCUCUUCAACUGUGCCUAAUAUCCUCUGUAACCCAUCCCAUCUCUUUUUUUUUCUUUUAACAAUUGCAUUUUUAAUUACUUUUUUUUUUUUUUUUUUAAGAUGGAGUCUUCGCUGUGUCGUCCAGGCUGGAGUGCGGUGGCGUGAUCUCAGCUCACUGCAAGCUCCGCCUCCCGGGUUCACGCCAUUCUCCUGCCUCAGCCUCCCGAGUAGCUGGGACUACAGGUGCCUGCUACCACGCCCGGCUAAUUUUUUUGUAUUUUUAGUAGAGACGGGGUUUCACCGUGUUAGCCAGGAUGGUCUCGAUCUCCUGACCUCGUCAUCUGCUCGCCUCGGCCUUCCAGAGUGCUGGGAUUACAGGCGUGAGCCACCGCACCCGGCCGCAUUUUUAAUUUCUAAAAGUUCUGCCUGGUUCUUUUUUGAUAUGCCCAGUCAUUCUUCAUGUUCUCAUGUUAUAUGCUGAUUUUUGUGACUCUAUAGCUAUUCUGUAGACUAUAUCAGACAUUCUCAAUGUCUGAUAUCCUUGAGGAGGGGGAUGUCUAAAUUUAUUGCUUUUUUUUUUUUUUUUUCCUGUUGUCUCUCCCUCAAUGUAGCUGUCACCUCAUGUGUUUGGUGAUCAUUGAUUAUGAACUUCUGUUUGAUCUUUGUGGGAAUCUUGAGAGUCUAAUUUGAGGAUGCUUUCUUUCUGAAAGCAUUUCUAUCAGCUUUGUCUGGGAGCCAGGAAGUUUAGCUGGCAUCACUUUUGAAUUCCUACAUUUUGCUUCUGGCCCAGGGCUCAGUGUCGUGAUCCUAUUACUGCUCUUGGCACCACUGCUUGUAGCACUAAACUGUAGCCAAGUUUAAUUUCUAGCUCAAGGUUUGUUGCUUUUGCAUGGAGAGGGUGCCUUCAAAUGUUUCCCUAUUUCUAUGAUCUCAGCAAAAACAUCCAAAAAGUGUUUUUUUUUUUUUUAAUCUAGGAUCUACCUUUUUCCUCCCAACAGUACAUUCCCCCAGAGUGUCUAGUUCACCAUAACUGAUGGGAUCAGAAGCUCUUUAUUUUAAUAUUUAAUUUUAGUAGUAUAUUUUUGUUUGUUUGUAUUAUAAAAAAUUUUAUGGUACCAAACAAGCUUUCUUGGUGAUAUCAACAUUUCUAUUAAAACUAGUUUACAUCUAAGUUAAGAUUUGAGUUAUCCUAAAGAAAACUAUUAAGUAAAUAGCAGUAUAGAUGACAAGUGGAUUGCACAAUAUAUCCUCUGGAUCCAUAGUGACCCUACAGAGAUAAACCUGUGAUGGUCAAACAGUGUGAAAACUGCUGUCAGAGACAUGGGCAGGGUGCUCUUGUUUACAGAGAAGAGGUGCAAAAAUCAACUUGAUGGUAGUGGGAAGAUCAGGAAAUGCUUCCCGAAAUUGGGUAUUAAGAACUAAUAGACAUUAGGUGGUUGCGGAAUAAGUUUUGCUUAGGAAGGACAAGCAGUUGGGUAUGACUGGCUUCUAGGUUGUGUGUCGUGGAGUGACUGGGGUUAAAAGCAGGAGCAAGAUCACAAAAGGUCUUCUAUGCUUAUAUUAGGGAAGUUGGACUUUAUUCUCAAGCUGAAGGGAAGCUGUUGCAUGGUUUUAAGCAGUAAAGUGAUAUGAUCAGAGUUUUAGAGGAUGCCAAGAUUGAAGGCAAGCCUGACUAGUUAGGAGACUUCUUGUUAAAUUAGUUCAGAGGAAAAACAGUGAAGGCAGUGGCACUGGGCAUAAAGAAGUAUAUGUGUGCUAAUUUUAGAUUUCUUAGGGAAGCAGAAAUGACAAGAGUUAGUGGUCCGUUGGACAGAAAUAUUGAAGGAGACUGGGGAGUCUAGGUUGACUCCCAGGGUUUAGGUAUGGGCAGUAAAAUGGCAUGUAGAACAAUUAACUGAUAAACAGCAUACAGAAAGAGGAAAGAACUUGGUUUCAAAUGUUUAUUUUUGAGGAAAAGAUGUUUGUUUUUGAACUUCCUGAUUCAGAGGGGCUUGUGGGACAUCUUGGUUAAGAUCCUGUAGUAGUUCUAGUAGGGUCUAGAAGUCAAAAGAUACAACCCCGCCUGGAAGGAUUUGGGAGUCUUCAGCAUUUGGAAGUUUGGAAGCCAUUGUUUACUGCAGUGCAUAUGAGAUAAUUUAAACUGGUACAUAGAUAAACACUUGAAAAAAUUUUAAUAGAUAGGAAUUUAAUGUGUAUGAGAAACAUAACUUGCACAUCUAACCUUUGAUAAUUAUGGACAUUAUCACUUAGGCCAAGUGAGCUCAAUAAAAGGGAAAUAUUAAUUAAAAAUAUAUGUGAUACAUGGAAAUGGCAAAAAUCACGGUGAAUCUAUGCAAACGAUGCAAGUUCAGAAAGUGCUGUGUUAAGUCAUGGGUGUGGUGGAUAAAUUCACCCAAGGAGAGAGUAAGAGUGAGAAGAAAAGAGAGUUGACAUUGGGUGGCAGGGAAUGGAGAAGAAGAACCCAUGAAGGAAACUGAGGAAGAGCAGCCAGACGAAUAGGAGGAAAACCAGGAGAAGAUGGUCUUUGGAGUCCAAAUGAAGAGUUCUGAGGAGGAAGUGGUCCACAGCGUCAAACUUGUGCAUCAUGGACAAUUUUGCUGAGGGAGAUUUCACUGUGGCGGAUUAUGCCUUGUUAGAAGAUUGCCCUUACGUGGAUGAUUGUGUCUUUGCUGCUGAAUUUAUGACCAAUGAUUAUGUUCGUGUGACUCAGCUUUACUGUGAUGGGGUGGGUAUGCAAUAUAAAGAUUAUAUCCAAAGUGAGAGGAAUUUAGAAUUUGACAUCUGCAGUAUAUGGUGUAGUAAACCAGUUUCUGUCCUGCAAGAUUAUUGUGAUGCCAUUAAAAUAAACAUCUUCUGGCCACUUCUGUUUCAACAUCAAAACAGUUCUGUAAUAUCACGAUUGCAUCCCUGUGUGGACGCCAACAAUUCACGUGCUUCUGAGAUAAAUUUGAAGAAAUUACAACAUCUUGAGUUGAUGGAAGAUAUUGUGGAUUUGGCAAAGAAAGUUGCUAAUGAUUCAUUCCUUAUUGGAGGCUUAUUGAGAAUUGGUUGUAAAAUAGAAAAUAAAAUCUUGGCAAUGGAAGAAGCUCUGAAUUGGAUAAAAUAUGCAGGCGAUGUAACAAUUCUAACUAAAUUAGGAUCAAUUGAAAAUUGUUGGCCUAUGUUAAGUAUUUUCUUUACUGAAUACAAGUACCACAUAACUAAAAUUGUAAUGGAAGACUGCAAUUUGCUUGAAGAACUUAAAACUCAAAGUUGUAUGGAUUGUAUAGAGCAAGGAGAACUAAUGAAAAUGAAAGGAAAUGAAGAGUUUUCCAAAGAAAGAUUUGAUAUAGCUAUUAUCUAUUACACCAGAGCCAUCGAAUAUAGACCUGAAAACUACCUUCUUUAUGGUAACCGAGCUCUUUGUUUUCUUCGUACUGGACAGUUUAGAAAUGCACUCGGUGAUGGAAAGAGAGCCACUAUUCUGAAGAACACUUGGCCAAAGGGUCAUUAUCGUUACUGUGAUGCUCUUUCUAUGCUGGGGGAAUAUGACUGGGCCCUGCAAGCAAACAUAAAAGCUCAAAAACUCUGUAAAAAUGACCCUGAGGGAAUCAAGGAUCUAAUUCAGCAGCAUGUAAAGUUACAAAAACAAAUAGAAGACCUACAAGGUCGAACAGCAAAUAAGGAUCCAAUUAAAGCCUUUUAUGAAAACAGGGCCUAUACACCUAGGAGUUUAUCAGCACCUAUAUUUACUACUUCACUUAACUUUGUGGAGAAGGAAAGAGAUUUCAGAAAAAUUAAUCACGAAAUGGCCAACGGUGGUAAUCAGAAUCUAAAGGUGGCGGAUGAGGCGUUGAAGGUAGAUGAUUGUGACUGUCAUCCUGAAUUUUCACCACCAUCAAGUCAGCCUCCAAAACAUAAAGGAAAACAAAAAUCUCGAAACAAUGAAUCAGAGAAGUUCAGUUCUAGUUCACCAUUGACUUUACCAGCAGAUUUGAAGAACAUCUUGGAGAAACAGUUUUCUAAAUCUUCCAGAGCUGCACACCAGGAUUUUGCUAAUAUAAUGAAAAUGCUGAGAAGCUUAAUUCAAGAUGGCUAUAUGGCCUUAUUGGAGCAGCGUUGCCGCAGCGCUGCACAGGCCUUUACAGAGUUGCUGAACGGUUUAGAUCCUCAAAAAAUAAAGCAAUUGAACCUGGCCAUGAUUAACUAUGUUUUGGUUGUCUAUGGACUUGCCAUUUCUCUCCUUGGAAUAGGACAGCCUGAGGAAUUAUCUGAAGCCGAAAACCAGUUUAAGAGGAUUAUUGAACACUACCCCAAUGAGGGACUUGAUUGCUUGGCCUACUGUGGAAUUGGAAAAGUAUAUUUGAAAAAAAACAGAUUUCUAGAAGCUCUUAAUCACUUUGAGAAAGCAAGAACCUUGAUUUAUCGUCUUCCUGGAGUGUUAACUUGGCCCACAAGUAAUGUGAUUAUUGAAGAGUCUCAGCCACAAAAAAUAAAGAUGCUGUUAGAGAAAUUUGUUGAAGAAUGCAAGUUCCCUCCAGUGCCAGACGCCAUUUGUUGCUAUCAGAAGUGCCAUGGAUAUUCUAAGAUCCAGAUAUACAUAACUGAUCCAGACUUUAAGGGUUUUAUACGCAUCAGCUGUUGCCAGUACUGUAAAAUAGAAUUUCACAUGAAUUGCUGGAAGAAGUUAAAAACUACAACCUUUAAUGAUAAAAUUGACAAGGAUUUUCUACAAGGAAUAUGUCUUACCCCUGACUGUGAAGGUGUCAUUUCUAAGAUUAUCAUCUUCAGCAGUGGUGGUGAAGUUAAAUGUGAAUUUGAACACAAGGUCAUAAAAGAAAAGGUUCCUCCAAGACCUAUUCUGAAACAGAAAUGUUCUAGCCUAGAGAAACUAAGACUGAAAGAAGAUAAAAAAUUGAAGAGAAAGAUCCAAAAAAAAGAAGCAAAAAAAUUAGCACAAGAAAGAAUGGAGGAGGACUUAAGAGAAAGUAAUCCACCCAAAAAAGAAGAGCAGAAAGAAACUGUAGACAAUGUUCAGCAUUGUCAGUUCCUUGAUGACAGAAUUCUACAGUGUAUAAAGCAGUAUGCUGACAAGAUUAAAUCCGGCAUACAGAAUACAGCCACGCUUCUCAAAGAAUUGCUUUCUUGGAAAGUUUUGAGCACAGAAGACUAUACAACCUGUUUUUCUAGCAGAAAUUUUCUAAAUGAAGCAGUGGACUAUGUUAUUCAUCACUUGAUUCAAGAAAAGAACAGAGUAAAGACAAGAAUAUUUCUGCAUGUUUUGAGUGAGCUUAAAGAAGUGGAGCCCAAAUUAGCUGCCUGGAUCCAAAAACUUAAUAGCUUUGGCUUAGAUGCCACAGGAACUUUCUUUUCUCGUUAUGGAGCAUCUCUUAAACAGCUUGAUUUUAGUAUCAUGACUUUCCUCUGGAAUGAGAAAUAUGGUCACAAACUAGACUCUAUAGAAGGAAAGCAACUUGAUUAUUUCUCUGAGCUAGCAUCACUGAAGGAAGCCCGUUGUUUAAUAUGGCUGCUAGAAGAACACAGAGACAAGUUCCCAGCAUUGCAUAGUGCUUUAGACGAAUUCUUUGAUAUAAUGGACAGCCGCUGUACUGUGUUAAGGAAACAAGAUAGUGGUGAAGCACCGUUUAGUUCAACCAAGGUGAAAAACAAAGGCAAGAAAAGGAAGCCAAAGGAUUCAAAGCCUAUGUUAGUUGGGUCUGGAACAACUUCAGUAACUCCUAAUAAUGAGAUCAUCACUUCAAGUGAAGACCAUAGCAAUCGAAAUUCAGAUUCUGCAGGCCCAUUUGCAGUGCCUGACCAUCUUCGGCAAGACGUAGAAGAAUUCGAAGCUCUCUAUGACCAACACAGUAAUGAAUAUGUUGUCCGCAAUAAGAAGCUAUGGGACAUGAACCCAAAACAAAAAUGUUCAACUCUAUAUGAUUACUUCUCUCAGUUUUUGGAGGAACAUGGUCCCUUGGACAUGAGUAACAAGAUGUUCUCUGCAGAAUAUGAGUUUUUCCCAGAAGAAACUCGACAGAUACUAGAAAAAGCAGGAGGUUUAAAACCUUUUCUCUUGGGAUGCCCUCGUUUUGUUGUUAUUGACAACUGUAUUGCAUUGAAGAAAGUUGCAUCACGGCUCAAGAAAAAAAGGAAGAAGAAAAACAUUAAAACAAAAGUAGAAGAAAUUUCAAAAGCAGGAGAGUAUGUACGAGUUAAAUUACCACUGAAUCCAGCUGCUAGGGAAUUUAAACCAGAUGUAAAGUCUAAACCAGUGUCAGAUUCAUCUUCAGCACCAGCUUCUGAAGAUGUGAAACCCACACCUGUAUCUGCAAAUUCUCCCAAGCCAGCUUGUGAAGAUGUGAAGGCCAAAUCAGUAUCCGACAAUUCUUGUAGACAAGUUUCUGAGGAUGGGCAACCCAAAGGGGUCUCUUCUAAUUCUCCCAAACCAGGCUCUGAGGAUGCAAAUUACAAGCGAGUCUCCUGUAAUUCCCCCAAACCGGUUCCUGAGGAUGUGAAACCAACUUAUUGGGCUCAAUCCCAUUUGGUCACAGGAUACUGUACGUAUCUUCCUUUCCAGAGAUUUGAUAUCACCCAGACACCACCAGCAUACAUAAACAUGUUACCAAGUUUGCCCCAGUACACCAGCAUAUAUACACCCUUGGCCAGCCUUUCUCCUGAAUAUCAGCUACCAAGAUCAAUACCAGUGGUGCCAUCUUUUGUAACCAAUGACAGAGCAGAUAAAAAUGCUGCUGCCUAUUUUGAGGGUCAUCAUUUGAAUGCUGAGAAUGCUGCUGGUCACCAGAUUGCCUCCGAAACACAGAUCCUUGAGGACUCUUUGGGAAUAUCUGUAAAGUCACACUGCAGCACAGGUGAUGCUCAUACAGUCCUGAGUGAGUCUAACAGAAAUGAUGAGCACUGUGGAAAUUCUAACAACAAAUGUGAAGUAAUUCCAGAAAACACCAGUGCAGUAACAAACAUUCCACAUGUGCAGAUGGUUGCCAUUCAGGUAUCUUGGAACAUAAUACACCAAGAAGUCAAUACUGAGCCAUAUAAUCCUUUUGAGGAACAACAAGGGGAAAUUUCACGGAUUGAAAAGGAGCACCAAGUAUUACAAGACCAACUUCAAGAAGCGUAUGAAAAUUAUGAGCAGAUAAAACUUAAAGGCUUAGAAGAGACCAGGGACCUGGAAGAGAAGUUGAGAAGGCACUUAGAAGAAAACAAGAUCUCAAAGACGGAAUUAGAUUGGUUCCUUCAAGAUUUGGAAAGAGAAAUUAAAAAAUGGCAACAGGAAAAAAAAGAAAUCCAAGAAAGACUAAAAUCACUGAAGAAGAAAAUUAAAAAGGUUUCAAAUGCCAUUGAAACAUAUACCCAGAAAAAUGAUGGAAAGGAAAAAGAACAUGAAUUACAUCUGGAUCAGUCCCUUGAAAUCAGCAGCACACUUACAAAUGAGAAAAUGAAAAUAGAAGAGUGUAUAAAGAAAGGGAAAGAGGAUUAUGAAGAGAGUCAUCAGAGAGCUGUGGCUGCAGAGGUAUCUGUACUUGAAAACUGGAAGGAGAGUGAAGUGUAUAAGCUACAGAUCAUGGAGUCACAAGCAGAAGCCUAUCUGAAGAAGCUGGAGCUGAUUAGCCGUGAUCCUGCAGCAUAUCCUGACAUGGAGUCUGAUAUAUGUUCAUGGGAAUUGUUUCUUUCUAAUGUUACAAAAGAAAUUGAGAAAGCAAGGUCUCAGUUUGAAGAACAAAUUAAGGCAAUUAAAAAUGGUUCUCGGCUCAGUGAACUUUCUAAAGUGCAGAUUUCUGAGCUUUCAUUUCCUGCCUGUAACACGGUUCAUCCCGAGUUACUCCCUGAGUCUUCAGGCCACGAUGACCAAGGGCUUGUGACUUCUGCAAGUGACGUGACUGGAAACCACGCAGCACUUCACAGGGAUCCCAGUGUGUUCUCUGCUGGUGAUUCCCCAGGGGAGACUCCUUCUGCACUGUUGCCAGGGCCACCCCCUGGUCAGCCUGAAGCCACUCAGCUGCCAGGGCCAAAACGGGCUGGCCAGGCAACUCUGUCAGAACAAAGCCCUGUGGCUGAUCGGAAGCAGCCUGUUCCUCCAGGACGUGCUGCGCGUUCAAGCCAGUCUCCAAAAAAGCCGUUCAAUAGUAUUAUUGAGCACCUGUCAGUGGUAUUCCCAUGUUACAACAGCACCGAGCUUGCUGGUUUUAUUAAAAAAGUGCGAAGCAAAAACAAGAACUCACUCUCAGGAUUGAGUAUUGAUGAAAUUGUCCAAAGAGUGACAGAACACAUUCUAGAUGAACAGAAAAAGAAAAAGCCAAACCCAGGAAAGGACAAGAGGACUUAUGAGCCCAGUUCUGCCGCCCCCGUGACCAGGUCCUCCCAGGGCCCACCCUCGGCGGUUGUUGCACCAUCACCCAAAACCAAGGGGCAGAAAGCAGAUGUCCCUGUGAGGGCUGCACUGGGUGCAAGUUCCUGUGAAAUAUGCCACGAGGUGUUCAAAUCAAAAAACGUGCGUGUGCUCAGAUGUGGGCACAAGUAUCACAAAGGGUGCUUUAAGCAGUGGCUUAAAGGGCAGAGCGCUUGCCCGGCCUGCCAGGGUCGUGAUCUCCUGUCAGAAGAGUCACCUUCUGGAAGAGGCUGGCCCAGUGAGAAUCGGGAGCCGCCUUCCUGCUCCUCUAGGUAGUCACGCUUCACUGAAGUGUCAUCCACCGGUGUGUUGAAUCCGAAGAAUGACAAUUUUCUGCCACUGGUGUAAAAAACACACAUUUGAAGACCCUUGUGCAUUGUGUGUCACAAAGCUAAUACAUGGAAAUCGUUAAUAUCGUUGAUAUUAAGUAAUUUCCCCACUCUGAGUGAAUACUUUGAUGAUGGCCAACAGUGGCUAAUAAAAUGUCGGCUACCACACUCAUGGGUCGCUGGGUCUGCGCAGGGCUCUUUGAGGUGGGUGGCUUCUUUUAGAAAGUACUAUGAGCGUCUCGAAGCAGUAUUCUAGCGAUAAGAAUUCUUAACAUAGCCAAGCGCCCCACGUUUGUUCCCCUUUUGUGUUUGAAAAACCUGUUGUGGUAGCUCCUCAAGAGAGAUGAUACUGACUUUUUAAAUUUUUUACAAGAGUCUGUAUUCCUGAUAUGCCUAUAUUUUUCCUCAAAGAUUCUGCAUUUUAAGGAUGGGCAUAAGCAAACUAUAUUUUAAUAAUUUAUAGUUAAUGUAAAAAUAUUGACUGAUUUAGACCAAAAGAUUCAAAUCUCCUCUUUGUGAAAUCCCAUCUGCAUUUGAUUUUUUAUUACUUUAUGUUCCCCCAAUAGAUUGUUUUAAGUGUUUGCUUUUCAUCUUUUAUAGAUGUAAUCUGAUUUUCAAAAAUCAUUAACACUUUUUAAUUAGUAUUGACUGAGACUUUUUCCCCCUUGGAAUCGAGGCUGUGUGUCCAUCAUCCCAGCCCCCGGUUGGAGCCUGCUCUUUGAACUCCGCUGCCCUCCUCAGCAGCUUCUGUCCUCUUCUGUGAGUCAGUCAGCAAGUGCUUGGGAUCCGCAUCCAGCUGUGCUGAGCACACAACAGGCUGUGUGUGGAAAUGGCCACCACCAUUCUCCUUCCCUACCCCACCACAAAAAGAGAAGCUGUGUCUUUAGACAACCCUGAGGUAUCUGUGUUACAGUCGUUCUGUGUUUGAUAUUUGUGUAAAGUAUGCAUGCAGUCUUGUACUGUGGCCUAAGAACAAAACUGUAACUGCAUUAGAAACCAUGACAAAAUUAGAUAUUGUUUUGUGACUUUUAGACAGUGGUAAAUAUAGAACCAUGAAUUCUGGUCACAUUCCAUUUCUCUCCAACAUGAAGGAUCAAAAAAUGUUUUUCAAUGUGUUCUUUGUUCCACUGGAAACUUAGAGUCAUGAGUUUAUGAGCUGAUUUGGUCACCUUCCUCUGCCUUUGUUCACCGUGAGUUCUGAUGUCUUAGUGACUUAGUUCUUAGAAGCUCAUGCCUUAGUUUGAAACAGAUUCUCCACGGUGGUCCCCAAAACAUUGUCUGCAUAUCCUUAAGAAUUGAGUGCUAUGGGUGUUAACAUGCAUAAGGAUCAGUUUGCAGCAGCAAGUACAAAAGGAGAAGAGGAACAUCCAUCGAAUGAGUGUGUUUUGUACAUAACUUCAGAUACUUGUGAACAUGCCUUAUAUUUGUCCAACAACUGUCAGAGUAAAGAACAUUCUAAAACGAGAA